UGGCGACGCGGGUUGUUGUGGUUCCGCCUCGCUCCGGGAGCUGCGGGUUGGCCCCCGAUUGCCAGCCCGCGCCAUACAAACGUGAGCCACCGAGACCCCUGGCGAGCGGGUGAGCCGGGCGGCAGGGACCGUCCUGUCCUGCGGCGCUUGAUCGCCGGCUGCAGACCCCGUCUACGCGUGCUGUGGGCGUGCCAGCCGCAGGCCCGGGCCGCGUCUCCCCGCGGCGCGCAGUCAUGAGGAACACCAACAAGGAAGCGCCGGGCGCCGGGCACCGCUACGCCCCCUGCGAUUGGUACUACCACCUCCCGGCCAAGCGCUCCGAGAGGGCCGUGGGUGCCCCGCCGACGUCCCAGAUCCCAGGGCUCAGCAACCUGGGCGACUCACAGGACCGGAACGCGCUCGGGGCCAGGAGGUACUGGAUCAAGGAGACAGACUCCGAGUACGUGAAGCUCGCCAAGCAGGGCGGCAGACCCGAUUUGCUGAAGCACCUUGCUCCUGGGAGCAGGAAGGGCUCCCCGGUGGCCUACGCCCUGCCGGACUGGUACAUCCACCACAGCAAGCCGCCCACCGCCAGCCAGCGCCCGGUGCCCGUGGUGUCCAUGCCAGACUACAUGGUGUACGAGGAGUUCCACCCCAGCCAGGCCAACGGGAGCUACGAAUCCAGAAGGGGGCCCUUCGACUUCGACGUGAAAACGGUUUGGCAGAGGGAGGCCGAAGAGCUCGAGGACAGAAAGAAGGUGAGGCUGCCGGCCAUUAACUCAAAGCAAUCCAGCAAAGUGGGGACGCCGGUGGGUCCCAGAGACCCCGCAGGAAGCAGGCUCUCCUUCCCUCCCAUGCCUGGUCAGAAAACUAGUUCCCCAACAAACUUCUCCAAACUCAUCAGCAACGGUUAUAAGGACGAGUGGUUACAGCAGCAGCAGCAGCAGCAACAGCAGCAGCGAGCAGAUGCUGAUAAGAAGACCGGAAAGAUGUCCAGGGCGUUGGUGUCAUCCCAGUCCACGCAGGACCCCAAGGGACCCCAGGACACAGAGUCACCACAGGACACACAAGCUCCGGAAGUCUCCGAGAAAGCUGAAGGUCCAGAAACACCUCCACCGGCGCCGACGCCAGCAGAGCCGGAGUAAACCCGGUGUAACAUUCGGGAUCACUUUCCCGGGAGCCAGCUGCGAGGUGGCUGCAUUCCCACAGGUCCUGUGGCAUUGAUGAAUAGAGAUUGUUAUGCAACAGCGUGUCCUGCAGCAGAUUUGAUAUCACUAUGGCGUAGGCGGCGACAGGGCUGGCCUCUCUUUCUUGCAUUUCUCUCUGAGACGUCACCCACCGCUCAACAAGUGCAACUGCGGUCCUGCUGUCCUUUGGCUGGCAGGGCUGGCGACGUCCCCUCCCCUGGGGACCCAGUUACUUCCUUCCUGCUUCCCACUAGCAUCCCUCCCGCAUGGGGCUGGGGCAGCGUUGGUCUCAGAUCCUGAACAGGAAGAAACUCAGAGAGAGCUUCAAGCCCUUCCCAUCUCUUGGUCCUACAAUCUUCGUAGAAAUCAUUUUUCUCUUACAAAAAGCGAUGAAUUUUAGAAUAUGGUGAUACCAUUUAUAUUUAAAAGGAUUUUAUUAUGACUUGGAGUUUUAAACAUUUAGUACACAAUAAAACAUUGUAACAUUUGCUAGUUUUAAAUUUUUUGCUAAUACUUUCUAAAGUCCAGACUGUUAAACAUUCAUUUUGUAUCCUUUCAGUAAAAAUACAUUUAAUUUAGUAGGAUUCUCAAAAAAAGUUUUUAAUAAUCAGACUGGUCUUUUAUAAAGUUUAUCAUAGUUUCUAUAUAACUACUUUGCCUUCCACAUAGUUUUACAUUUUGUAUGUUUAAGUCAUUAAUAAAAUAAUUUUUAACAAGGAAGCUUUUAGGAAGACAGAGAUUUUAGCUUCCUUCACAGAAUCAAUUUAUCAUGCAUGCACUCAACUAAAAUUUAAGUUUCAAACUAGUUCAUUAACUGAGAUACUGAACUGAGCACUUAUACGUACAUUGUUUAAUUACACUUAUGAUGGGAGGAUGAAUGCAAUGUGUAAUUUGAAUGGCUAUCUGUAUUGAAUAAAAGCAAUAUACCUACACA